AUGGGGACUUCACCGAACAAUACCUCUGCUCGAGGUGACCCGAAGUCCCCCAAGAAGUCGACGUCGCAAGGAACAACACCAGAACGUCAAGGUGGAUCAGACUCUGCUUCCGACGCGAAACAGUCCGAUUCGAGUGUAAAGAACGAAUCUGACGGCGCGAAACCUCUUGGACCUCCCCCUCGACCAGCUCCAACGGGCAACACGCCUGACUACUUUGGAGGACCUCGCAUCAGCGACAGCAACCUCAACCUGGAGCCCAAUCCCUUUGAGCAGUCUUUCGGCGGCGGCAACGGCGCCGAAACGCCUGGAGGUACAAAACUGCCGUCUGUCGCUCACAUCACUUCACCCUCUGCUCUUCUGCCUGGGACCGGCACAACUCCCUUCAACUGGGGAGGAGGCUCGCUUCGAACAGGUCCUCUCAGCCCGGCCAUGCUGUCGGGCCCAACCAAUGAUUACUUUAGUGACAGCCAUCAUCUCCGUGGAGGAUUCCCGACUCCUAACGAGUCUUCUCUGAGGACAGGCCUGACACCUGGUGGCAGUGGUUCCAUGUUCCCUGCCCCGAGCCCGAACUCGCAACUGUUCGCACAACUUGCAGGCAGUGGUGCCACGCCUGGUACCCUCGACUUCCACCGCACUGCGCUGAGUGCCGCUGCGGCUGCCAAGAGAGAAGCACAGAACCUUCCUCAGCCAUCGGUGACAUCAAGGCCAGCAGAGAUGGCCAACGGUGGCGCUGCUCCCAAGCCUGAGGUCAAGACCUCAGGUCCUUUUGAUCCCCACGACAAUGAUGCCGCCAAUGGUCUCUUCAUGCUUGCGCAGGGUGCUGCUCAGGGUAGGAAUGGUGCGCCGACUUCAAACUACCCCCCCACAUCGCAAUCUUCAAACCUCACCAACGGCGCUCCUGCGCCUGCCGUCCAGCCCCUUAACACGUCUCCGAACAUGGGACAUGCCAACGGCGUUUCCUCUAGGGGUGUGAGUGAGGGCGGCAGUGCUGCCUCGGAGGAGAGCGAACAUGCUCGUCCUUCAACUCGCGGCGGCAAGGGAAAGAGGAAUGGCGGCUCGGUGGCGACGAACGGUCGACGCAAGGCCGAAGAGCCGCCUGCCAAGGCACCUGCUUCUAAGAAGCAAAAGACCAGCGCGGCCAUGUCGAUGCCUGAGGGCGACGACAGCCAGUCGGAAGAUGAUGAGGAAACUCACAAACUCGAUGAGAAUGGUGCCAAGGUGAAGAUGACUGAUGAGGAAAAGCGCAAGAACUUUCUCGAGCGCAACAGGUGGAGAUGUUCAGCACUGAGAACGAUGCCCUGUCGACUCAAAUCACGCAGCUGCGAUGAGGAGGUUGUCAACCUCAAGACCCUUCUGCUCGCCCACAAGGACUGCCCCGUGACCCAACAGCAGGGUCUGCACGGCGCGUUCAUGCAGCAGGCCAUUGAGCCUUACAACCACCAGAUGAACCCCUACGGAAUGGCAGGCCCCAUGCAGACCAAUCAGCAAGUGAUGGCUGGCGGACAGGGGCGCUCCUCGUCGCUUUUCUUAGGACGUCUGGCCGACCGCUGA